UUGGAAAGCAUCAAUAAGUCGAAAGGCACUUAUGGUGAUACGUGGGAACAUCAGUAUCGCACGGCACUAGCUGAGCUGCAGUCGUUGCGUGAUGAGAAUGCAAGCUUAAAAACAAAAAUACGGAGGCAGAAUCGGGAAAUCGAACUUUGGAAACAGCAGACAGAAAUGGAAGCUGAUGUGGCGUUACUCGAAAAUAAGAUGGGCAUUCAGGAAGAUGUCACAGCACUGAAAGACUUGCCAGACGAAGAUGACUCAUAG